AUGGAAGCACAAUCAGCAACAGGAAAUGACGCGUCUGCACCAGCGCCCAAAAGGCGUCGCUUUCCACGUGCAGUCGUCGCCUGUGAACGGUGUCGACUGAAAAAGUACAAGUGCUCAGAAGCCCAACCAUGUACCCACUGCAAACGACGUGGCGUGGAAUGCAAGUAUGAGAGAGUUUAUCGAGACAUGACCGAUCGAACGUCUCUCACAAGCGAUGUCAGUAAUGAUGCAGGCCAGGUCAACCCUGUGGCCCAAGAACCUAGCCCUGGUCCUGGCACACAGCUCUUUGGGAACCAAGCUCAACAACAGAAUGCCGAGUGGCUUCAAUCACCAGUAUCAGCCAGGGCCAGGCUUCCGCCUAUAUCCAGCAUCGAUCCAUCACUGGUCCGGGUCCAGACCCAAGCCCCAGCAAUCUCGCCUAGCGAGGAGAGCGAAAUAGCCGAAGUCAACCGGCACACCAACGGCAUUGAGUACCACGGCAACACGUCUUCCAUGUCCUUUUUGGAUAAUCUUCAAAGACUGCGAGAGCAAAGACCUGCGCCAGCCGAGCACAAAUCAUUUUCACUAGUAUCAGUACUACACAACCCGAGUUUUGUGUCAAGGAAAAGUUAUGCCUCGGAUUUGACCAGUUCCCUCGCUGCCAAUGGAUUCUAUUCAAAGCGAGCUAAUACCUUCAUUGAGGGCUACUUUGGGGGUAUACAUUAUGUCCACCCGAUAAUCGACAAGGAGGACUUUCUGGCACGAGCUGAUGGACUUUGGCGAGGCACCAAUCGUAGCGAUGUGCACUUUAUCGCUCUAUACUUGAGUGUUUUAUCUUUGGGUGCCUUAACUAGGACUUGGAAUGAGGAUACACUUGAUGGACUCAGUCGCUUUCAAUGGAGUAGGAAGCUUUUUGCUGAAGCCCAGACGCUUCUGGACGAUAUACAGUUCAGCAGCCAAAUGGAGACGAUACAGUGUUUCUACGUCAUGGCAAAGGUAUGCCAAAAUGAACUUAAUCCGAAUCUUUCCUACAUGUAUCUAGGCUGGGCAAUACGUUCUUGUCUGGCUGCGGGGAUGAAUCGUGAAACAAGCAGUCCGAAUGAAAAAAGCGUUCUCACGAUGUCAAGGACAUGGUGGGGUAUCUACUCGUUAGAAAUUGAAAUGAGUUUUCUUCUCGGCCGACCCGACACACUUGGUCAAGACCAAUAUCACAAUCGGGCAAUGCCACCAAUCGACGAUUCAGAAUAUGCCAUCAUCUCAUCAAUGGUUGAGUUUGGUUGGAUCAUACGCAAGGUUUCUAUUGGCAUCUAUCACUCUCAACAACCAAUAAUCGAGACCAUUGGUUUGGCAUGUGAGAUAGAGCGUGAGAUGGAUAGUUGGCUUGAUGGCCUACCUCAACGAAGGAAUAUUUCUUUACGAGAUCCAGAUUGGCGACGGAAACAAAGAAUUGUCUUGGAACUUAGAUAUCACAACGUCAUGAUGCUUCUGUUCAGACCGUUUGUUACUCGUUGCACGAGAGAGCCCAACCAGCAACCAUCAAAUGAGUUGGUAGGGGCUGUCAACAAGUGUGUUUCAUCGGCUCAAAGGACCAUCGAAAUUAUGUACGAGACUUAUAAAGUCCAUACUUACUUCCGGACAUGGUGGUACAACACGACAUACAUCACGAUUGCAGCUUCAGUUCUGCUCCUGUACGAGUCUCGGACGAAAGAACGCCCGACCACAAACAAUAUCGCUCUGAUAGAAACCGCAAUGGAAAUUCUAGAAGCGAUGGACGAGUCGGUAGUGGCGCGGAGUGCGGCAGAGGUCAUCAAACACUUUUUGCGAGAGCUCAAUUCUGUGCCCAACGGAACAUCUGAUAACCCCGUGCAAGACACCAUUAAUGUGGUGCAACAGGCUCCUACACCCGGUCCGUGGACGUCUUUAGACUUCGAGCUGACAGGCUUUGAAUUCUUGGACUUUCCACUAGGCGAGAUGAUAACUGUUUUUGACGAACUACACAAGAGCCUUGAUCACAGCGUUCAGCCAGAGUGA